GGUGUUAAGUGUGAUAGCGAAUAUUUUACAAUCAGGAGCGAUGUAGAAAGGAAGAGAGGAAGACCGAAGAUGUGUAGGAAUAUGGAAAUGGAGAAGGUCGUGUUGGAUGAGAUGAUGAUUGGUAAAAGAAAGGUGCUGAGUCAGGAUGUUUGUGCCGAUUCAAAGACCGUUGUUUCGGAUCCGACCAAUAAAAAAACUAUGACCGAGAAUAAAGAUGAUGGGAUAUCCGGAUCUAAAGGUAGUGUGGUGGAGAAUAACAACGCGGUAAAAAGCAAUCAGCCAUCAGUUGGUGCACAACAGGACAAAGCAAAACGUAGAAUAACACCUGUUCUGAUACCGCAGCUCACAAAUUACGAAAAUAAGAUCGCGAGCGUAAAGAAUAGCAUUUAUGUGCUGUUCACAGGAAAUGAGGAUCGCAGGGUGGAGAGAGAAUGCAUCAAACCGGUUUUAAUGAGGAUGAAGGAAAUAACGGUCAGGAUUAGCUAUGGUGGCAGUGUAGAACAAAUCAGAGGGCAGAAAGUGUGCGGUGAUAUUACCAUGCGUAACCAGAAAGAACGAAAUGUAGGAAACACGGACCAAAACAUUCCAACAGAUGAUGGUGAUCGAGUCACUCUUGUGAGCGGUAACACCGAGGUGAGAAAGGAAAGGAGCAUCUCCUUUAGUUUGUACACCAUAGAUGUUUCCAUCAAUGAUGUGCUUAGGUACAAGAAUGUAUGCCUGCUUGCACUCUCUAACGCAGUUCAUACAAAUGUUCUGAUAGUGAAGAGCGUAAUCUCUGGGCAAUUGCUUUUGCCAUUUAUCAAGCAGAAUGUGCUAUACGUGGACAUAAGGGGUGAUAAUCUGCUGCUGUUCAUGGGUGAUACGUUUUUGAUAAUAAACCUGAAAAGAGAAAGUUGUUAAUGAUGUACCGUUUGAUACAUACAGUCU